GCGAACCGCCCGUGUUUAUAGGCCGCCUCUACUGGGGCAGUCCGUGUGGAGCCGAGCCGACGUACCGCUCCGUCUAGUGGCUGCCGACACAGUGGCCGGCGGGAGGCGAGGGGACACGGCGAGACCCUUACUCUAUCUUCUUCCGGCAGACCGGCGAUGUACGCACGCGUGCCGACGCCAUGAGGCUGCCCAGACUUCGGCGUCGCGACGCCUCGGUCGCGGCGUCCCCCCAGCACCAGCAGCAGUCUACUUCUGCGUCGUCGACGACCGCCACUUCGACGUCGCUGCUGUGCCGGCUCGCCAGCCGCUUGCAAGCAGGGCUGCCACCGCGGGGGAUGCCUGAGGAGCUGACGACAUCCCCAGCCGACACCGCGACCUCCGACCUCAACUCGAACCACACGACCGAGCCCGUUGGCACUGCUGGGGCCACAGGCACAUCCAAUGGGAGCUUCGCAGCCAGCAAUGCGUCCUCCCAAGACCUGGACUUCAUUCAGGACAACUCGGACUACCAGUGGUUCCUGGACUAUGGAUAUCGGGAGGCCCCCGGAGGCCACCACGUGAGCGUGCUGUCGUACAGCGAGGAUGCGGGGUUGCGGCACGGCGGGCCGCGCUACGACGACCUGGCGCGCGACCUGGACGCCAACCUGGCAGAGGUGGACAUGGAGGACCUCCGCACUGAGGACAUUCACUCCAUCCUCAGCACACUGCCCGCCAUGUGCUGUGCCGACAUCCAGGCCGAGAGACAGGGGGAGAUGUACGCCAGCGUUUCAGGAUCCUUGAUGGCAAAAUUCGAGUUUGAUUCGUCCGUGAGUCCGCGCAGCAGCUCGCAGGCGGAGGACACGACCGGAUCGACGGACACCAUGUCCAUCUGCAAGUCGGAGCAGUUGUUCUCGCCGGUGCGGGAGUGUCCGCUGCCCGGCUGCAACUUCAGUGUCGACUCGUUGGACUGUGAGGGCCUCACGGACCACGACAUCAUGCUCACCUGCCAGGCCAACAAGGACAACUACACCAUCGCCUUCGAGGGCAGCCUCGCGCUCUGCUCAGAGGCUGACUCAGAUUAUCACGAACCGGUCGAGAGUGAUGUGGGCGGAAGUUCGGACAGCCACCACCGGUGGCAGCACCGUCCCCAACUGGGGCGGCAGCCCGCUGUGGACCAGUCGAUGGCGCGGUCCGACUCACUGUACACGACGUGGAGCAAGCUGCACAAGCGGUCCAGUGACGUCCAGCUCACACGGCAUCCGUCAGGUAACAACAACACUGCACCGGCGAUGCCGACGUCGACAGCAACAGGGGCGGCCCUGAAGAGCAGAUCCCUGCCGGACCUGUGUCCACCCAGGAGGGGGGCGCACGGUGGAGGGCGCUGCGUGCGGCUGUACGACGUGGGCGAGGGGGACCUCAGUCUGGUUCGCCUCUUCAUGCGCCAGCGCACCGGCUCCAGCAUCGCCACAGAUAGCUGCAGCCAGUCGGAAUCGGGAGCGAGUGGAAGUAACCACCGCUGCUCACUGAAUGACUGCAGCGUGUGCUGCUACAACAACAACCGCAGCAACAACAUCAUCAGUGGCAGUACCGAUGCCAUCCGGUCGGUUGCGGACAACGGCAACAGGAAUACCGAGUGCAUCAAGGCGGCAGACCCCCGAGUCGACAACUGGGUCCGUGUGGGGAAUGUCACAGGCGGUGACGAGUACUCGACCUGCUGCUUUGAAGAUAGCCUGGUCGGGCCUCCGGUGAAAGACGGCAUCGUGCACCAACAGCAGCAGCCGGAGCUGAUACGGGAGGAGACGGAGGAGUCGGAGAGCUCCUCCUCGGUGGAACAGCUCUCGGAGAGCGUGUCCAAGCUGGAGGAGUACGUCCCUGUGUCGCUGCCGGUCCAGAUCCCGCCCGCCCUCGACCACAUCCGCUGCCACGAUAACAACAACGGCAGCCGGGCACUUGAAGAGAGGGCGACACAGACCAGCGUCGUCCAGUCUCGCAAUGUGGGCGCGGGCACGCCGCCGUCACCGCGCACGCUGAGCCGCGCGGUGCAGACGCUGGCAGAACACAAGCGGCGCACGUGGGUGCUGUUCCCCAACUACACGCUGCCCGACUUGGCGUUUCUGCGCAAGCACCGGCACAGGGAGCUCGACUUCCUGCUGGCCCCCCAGAAGGUCGACACCGCCGCAACUGUCGCCGUCGGCACGACCGGCGGCAAGAGGCGGCCGCGGCCGCUGUCGUGUGACGACGUCGAGGCGCUCAGGAGGAAGGGCUUCUCCCACGUCAGGGACCGUGACUCGCUUGCCGUCCUGCUGCCGCGGGAGUACCGCCGCCUGCUCGAGGAGCCGGACACUAACAAGGCUGUCACUUCGGAUUCCAGUUCCCACCCGUCAUCGGGAUUCCGCGGCUCCUCGACACUGCUGAGUGACUCGAACCCCCUGCUGGUGUACCGCUACGAGAGUGAGUGCUCGGUCCAGCAGCAGCUGCAGCAACACAAGAAGAAGGCGGAGGGCAAGGUGUCACCGCCCGCACUGAGCAAGCGUGGCAUCCUGCGCCAGCAGCAGAAGGAAGACGGCACCGGCCGCCACCACCGCCACCGUCACCAUCGCCACCACCACCUGCGGAAGCCGCCACCGCCACCUCUGGACCCGGAUAAAGACCUCUGUGAUGAUGAAGAAGAUUUUGAUGAAGGAGUGGACGCCGGCACAGAUUCGAGCUACGAGGAGCCGCGGCCGCCCACGCCGCCCCUCCCCCGCAGUGCGGCGGCAGACGCCGUUCUGGGCCUCGACGGCCUGCUGAAUGUGAGCGGCCUGUCGUCGGUGCUCGGGUCGGCAGAGAAUCUCGAGGGCUGGGGAGACGACGACAUGAAGAGGCUGAGGAUGCAGGUGAGCAAGUUCCUGUGCGGACAGCGCAGCAAUGUGAUGGCCGACGUCUGCAACGGAGGGGCGCCGCACAACACCCCGGAGCACAGGCACCUGCAAGGUGGCGUGGGGGUGGGAGCGGCCGGAGCUCCCCGCGGGAGUGGCGGCAGCUGCGACUGCUCGGGCGGCUCGGCAUCCUCCUCGGGCCGAUCCUCGUCCGGCAGCAACAGCGGCCGCAAGACUGUCAGCUUCCGGCUGAGCCUGCCGACGCCCCCUAACUCUCCAUCUGCCGCGUUGCAGCACCAGCAGCGGCUCUGCCAGGGGAAGCUGGCAGACAAUGAAUCUAGUCCAUGUGAGAAGGCUGUGAGGCCGGCAUCUCUGCUGACACAUGUGCACAGCCCAUCUGUGCCUCUGGCAGCAAUCGACAUUGCACAAAAGAGGGAGCUGGUGACGGCGGUGGGGGACGCGGUGGAACAGGUGGUGAGCCACUUCUCGGCGGCGGAGAACCGGCAGCACUGCUGCGCGCUGGGCGACUCGGUGCGCACGCCGGCGGUGGCGCGCAUCGCGCUCGGCAAGCUCUGCCCCGCGCUCUACGCCGCCCUCUGCGACGGCCUGCGGCCCGAGCUGGACACCGCAUUCGGCCCGAUCCCCAACUCCCUCUGGCAGGUCGUCGAGGCUUCCGCCCAGAAAGAUCCAAUGACAAAGUCUCUAAAUGAACUGGUUCUACGCAUCAAUAGUGAAGAUGUUUUCACAGAGGGAAUAAUGAAGUUCAACGCUUUUGUGUUGGGGCUACUUAACGUACGGUCCCUGGACGCGUGGGUGGGGUACCUGCGGACACGCGAGUCGGUCCUGCGGCGGUACUACCAGGAGGAGUGCGGGCUGCUGCCCCUGGGGAACCUGGGCGGGCCGGCGUGGCGCGGGCUGGCGGACCAGCUGGUGGCGUGCCUGCAGCCGCUGGCACUGCUGCCGUUCCGCCUCGACCUGCUGCACCAGCCGCGACAGCUCGCCGCCCGCCUGUCCCUCUCGCCGCCGGCAGAGACGCCGCGGCCCGCCCGGGGACCGGCGCGGGCGGGCGCCGCGGCUGCCGCCGGGAUUCCGGCGGGCGCGCCCGGCUGGAGCCUGCGUGGGCUCGUCAGGUCGAUACACUCGUCCCUGUCGCAGCCGUCACCCCGACAGGGCGGCGGGGAGGAGGAGUCCCAGCUGCCGGAUGUGGUCGGCUCCUCUCAGGCAUGGGAGAACAGCACCCAGCGCCCUCGCUCCUGUGUAGACACAGCGGCUGCCCCAAAUGGCCUCACAUCUCUCACGGACCUGGCUUCAACUGUUCGCAAGAGGUGGUCGGGAAUCCAGCUGGGCUCAAGGCUCUUCCAGGCCUUCGACCGGUUGGGAGCAGAAGACGACUCGGACCCCGACGCAGAUACGGACGAUGUAGAGGUGGACGAAAAUGCGGCCCGACCAGAGCCAGACAGCUUGGAGCCGCAGGAGAAGCAGCCACCGACGACGCGGGGACAGAAGGCGACGGCUGACGCGCGGCCGGCGACCACGGCGGCAGAGCGCGGGGCAGUUGGGCAGCCAGCGGGCUCUUCGCCACAACCGGCUGCCGCCGGGGGCAAGUUCCGCCGGCUGCAGAUGAAGUGGGAGCUGCUUAGUAACAAGGAACCGUCUCUGUCCCCACAAUCUGGGGGCAGCAGCAAAACCACCUCACCUUCGGAGAGCAGCCCGUCGUGCGUGUCUUCUAACCACAGCAGCAGCAGUGGGGGGCCGGCCGCCUCUCCCGGGGGGCGUGCUGGUGCGGGCAGUCGCAUCCCGAGGCCCGUCGCCUCGCCCACCCGCCAGCAGCCGUCCGGCAUCCCCGUGCUGUCGCCGGCCGCCGCCAGGGUGCCCAACGGCAUAGUGACGAGGCGCUCUUCAUCUGUAACACCGGCAUCUUCGAGGCGGGUCUCUGCGCCGCCUUCUACACCAGUUUCCGCAAAGACAUCUCCGCCGGCGCCGGCGGAAGCCACCGAGAACGGAACUGUCGCGGGGGCCGGUAAGCGCGGGAUCCCGCGGCCCAGCAGGGUGGACCGCGUCUCCUCCGGUGCGCCCGCUCCCCGGCCGAGCAGUCUGCCGUACGGGCAGACCGGGGCGGCGCGGGGCGGGGGCACCCGUCAGCAGCAGAGGCGGCCCGUGUCAGUGUCUGCGGGGAGGACGGCGGGCACGGGGGCGACGGGUGCCUCCUCCUCUCCACGGUUCGUCCGAACACUGUGCCACCGGCUGCCGUCUGACGCGGGCCACCUCGCCUUCAACGAGGGCGAGCGUCUGCGCGUCGUGCUGGAUGUCGACGACAGCUGGCUGCUCUGCUGCCGCGGAGACCAGAAGGGACUCGUUCCGCGCUCGGCCGUCGUCUAGCGGUCCGGCGCCCUCUGCUUCCCACGCUAGGACACCCCACCUGUCUCUGUACCUGUUUGCUUCUUCGGGCAGUUCGGCACCUAGGUACAUUUCUGUCUCGUGUAGUAUUUCGGGGGAGAAAUAAGUAUUCUGCACAGUUCAAAAAUAAUUUAUAUCUCGUCACUUGGAAGAGAGCUUUUUUUGUGGCGUGUUGUAAAGACUUUUUUAAAUACGUCACAGAAAAAGCUUGUUCUUACGUGACGACUGUUUAUAAAUUUAUUUUGGGUUGUACUAAGUGACUUUGAAAGUGAAUAUACUUCGUUGUUAGUGGUCCAUUCAAGUUGCAUAUCUCACAUUCUGCCAAUUUUUUGUUAUUAUCAACUGCAGUAUUAGAUUGCAUUUUUCGUUACUCUUUUGCCACUUAUAGGAGUUGGAAGUGUUUACUAUAAGAACUGGGGUCGGGCGUAGGGAUGUAUCGACUAUUAGAGGCGCAUUUCAGUAUCGAAUGGACUCGGCUGAUCCAGUAUUACUGCAGACAGAAGUUAACAGGAACUUCCUCACGGAUAUACCUUUCUCGCCCUCACCUUACCUGACACAUGUGAUAAUUUGAUCGAUCCCUGCUAGGUAUUUUCCUAUGUGGUAACCACAUUUUUAUUUAGGACAUCUGUUCCUUGCGUGUGUGUGUGUGUGUGUGUGUGUGUGUGUGUGUGUGUGUGUGUGUGUGUGUGUGUGUGUGUUAGAGAGGGGUUGUGGAGUAAACGUGGAUGUAUGCUAGUGGUGGCUGCUGUAGACUGAAAUCCUAACCCACAGCAAAAAUAUUAGGUCUUGUCAUGCAGGAAAUUGUUCAUGAUUAGCAUCAGAUAGACUGUAUCAUUUAAUGUGACCAAUUUCAAAUUUUGCAGAGGAUUGUACCUAAAAAUUGUAUAUUUGCCAGAUGUUCCUCCAAUGACUCUCUCACACUGCGGUGAAAUUUUGGUUGUUAGAAUUGAAGUAAUGGCCCCACAGUAGUGGUUUUCUCAUUUCUCCCAAUUUGUGUCUGGUUGGUUGGGACAAGACUACAAAAAUGCAUUGUGAUAGUUUGUGUGUGUUCCCUGUGUAGUCGGAUGCUAUGGAAGAUGAGAGUGUGUGUCUUGUAGGAAUUGUAUUGAUAUUUACCUCGGGCAGUAUGGAAAUGGGAAGAUACCUAGAACUAAAGAUUUGGAAAUUGUGUUUUGUUGAAAUUCAUGGCCUGGCCUCACAAACAGUUACGUGGACACGUAUUUAAGCGGCGUCAGAAUGUAAAAACGAAAUAUGAUUGGACAGAAGAAGAACAGUAUUUGGCAAAACUACAAGAGACAAAAUGCAGACAACCAGAUCGAAUAAUGCGGUGAUAAUUUGUCACUGUCUGAAAGUGUCAUGGUGUGAAAGGAAUUUAUUGUUUUGAAAUUUACUCAGAAGCUUAAUUUGUAACAUUUUCCUCCAGUACAUACUUUGUGGUCCAAAUAGUUUCCAGCAGCUAAAGAUUCCACUUUUCGCACCAUGACAUUUUCUCAUAUACUCCGUAUUUAAGCAGACAACAACACAUAGUAUUAUUCGUUAUUAUAUGUCCAUAAUUACUGACAUUUUGGGCACAAUAAGAACAUUAGAACAGUAUCCUAAAAGUGUACAUAAGACAAAUGUGUAUUGUAGGUAAGCAGCCUUUGGGAAUGAAAUAUAUAAGCUGCUCCAGUUCUGUAGCUAAAAAUGAUGUUAUUUAUAGUAAUAUUAAUUGUAAACAUACAUAAAAAUAACAGCUGGCGGUAAGACUUAAGACUUACUUUUUGGGGCUAAUAUGUUUGCUUACAGCAUUACGCUGCUUAUAAAUUCUUUGUACAGAAUUAACAUCUGUGUGAUACCACGAGUUUAGUAAUGGCAUUUAUCUUCCUUGCCAAUGCUUCUAAUUUUCUGAGUUCAGAGGUGGCAUUGUGCCAUGUUUUGCAUGAAAUAAUAUUUCUAAUAAUUACAAGUAACAAAAAAAAGUUAGUUGAGAAUUUAAAAUGUCUGUAAGUAGUUUGAAGCUGUGAGGUGAACUGACAGCAUUACCAAAGUCUCCAGUGCUUCCGUCAGACGAGUUAUACAUUACAGUGCACCGUACGUCUCCCGACAUAAAAAUCUCACGAUAAGUUGCUCUGUAGACCGUGAUGCUUCUCAGUGGUUAUAUCAAAAGCAGACCGUGAGCUUUGUUAAGAGUACUGCUGUCAGUUGAAGUGUCGCAGGAAGUAAUUUGUUAAAGUUCUUGAAGUGUGGUAGAACAUUAAUUUUGGUUUGCUUCAAUAACUUCCAUCCAAAUGGCAUUGUUUAUUCGACUUACAGCUUGUUAAAACAUGUCCGAAUAUGAAUCUUUUUAAAAAGAGAAGUGUUCUGAAUGCUAACAGUUGCUUAACAUUACUUUUGGUAGCAACCUAGCUUGAUACCUGCAAUUGCACCUCGACCUCUCUCUCUUCCCCCCUUUAGUUCCUGCACGUUCGUGUGUGUUGUCCCCAAAAUUCGCAAGCAAGCCUUCACACUUGAAGCAGAUACACUGUCCGCAGUACAGUAUUCCUACCAGCAAGGAUUCAGUAACGAUUAGAAAAUGCGAGGAUCUCGAAACUUUUGUAACAAACUGGGAUCUCAAGCCAGACCCUGGUAUUUUGCCGUCAGUAUUCUCACUGCCGAAUGUCGAGCAGUGAUUAGAGCUGAAGAUGUGAAAGAGGAUUGCGAGUAGUGUUGCUCGGCAAGAACAGUGUCCUUAAAAGGCUAGGGGGUCAGGGUUUGAUUCUUAGCCUCACCACAGUUUUUUCACAGCAAAAUCCGUUGUGAAUUAAUUACCUUACGAGCAUCUUGUCUCAUUUGACGAGACACAUAGUAAAAAUUGCAGUUAUCUAUAUGAAAUUUUGAGGACUGAACUUAAAAGUGUUUGUCAAUAUAUACGCUCUGUCGGAUAUUUCUGUUCGGAGUGGUGAAUCAUUGGUUGCCCUCUGCAGUCUGGAUUUUACAACAGAACAAGUUUAUGUUCCUUGCUGGUGGUUGUAGCUUUGAGUGAUGUAAGGUCAUUAUCCCUACCUACGGCCCUUAUACUCCGCGCUGCUCUCGACUGAUCGGAAUGUUGCUUAACUCUGCCUUCCGUUUCUAAUCUCUUCCUCCCCUGAAGCUGGGUGCAUGGCAUGUGUCUAACACUUCUGCUUGCUAUUCAGUAACAAGGUCUUCGUCAGCUACUGCGGCAUGGCGACGCUUGACAGCUUUCUGACAGAAUGCUGUUUUCUUUUCUGCUGUGAUUACUUCAGCUGCUCUUUGUUGAAGAUUUUAUACUCUGGCAGCUAAUUUGAAAAUAAAAACUGGAAAUGAUUUUAAAGAAAGGGUUAUUCAUAUGUGUUGAAUGGUACCUGGAAAGAAACUUCAUUGUCCAUCUAUGAUAAGUAUGAGCAUUCAUUUCCACCAUCUUGAUCCAGAUUUACAAAACUUUGGUGGUGGGAAGUCAAGCAGAUACGCACUGCAGAACAGUCUUAUUUUGUGUAAUCUUUGAACUUCUCUUACUGUGUUACUUUUUUAGUAAUAACAUGAAAAUAUAAUAUUUUUACAAUGUUCUGUCAGUGAAAAUGAGAUAGUCUUUGAAAAAUAACUUUAUAAAUUAGACAUUAACAAGAAAAUUUUAGAGAUGUUUGUUCACUGAUGAACCAUAAAUACUGUUUUAUAGUGGUGGCCGGUUGUACUAACAAAUUGAAGUCCUAGGAAAUUGAUUGUAGUCUUUUUACACCUAGUGGACAAAGUAGAGUAUUCUUGCAUGUAAAUUAGGAGAUGGUGGUAAACUUGCAUGAGCUGGUGACAGAUAUUGAGCAGAUAAGCUGCUUAGAGAAGUCAAAAUUUGUAAUGUGCAGUUAAAUUUUGUUAAUAAUUGGUGUUGCAGGUGGACUGAAAAUUGAUUGAAAACAUUAUGUUGUCUUUCAAAGCAAUAUCCCUCCUCCCCUGAAAAAAAGGGGGUUUAUUUCUUGUUCUCAUAGUUAUCCAUAUGGGUGUCUCUCCUAUUCUGAAAAUUAUGUUGCUCGUCGGCUGUGAUUAUUUCAUAAACUGCAUUUUUGUUAUAAUCUCUAUGGUGUUGGUGUUUGUCUCCUUGCUGUUGACAUAACAGGAUUAGAAGAGAAUUAAUAUUUUAUACAAGAAAAGUAACCGUUUUUGUUGCCUGUAAGUUACACUGGUGUCGGUCGUUUCUGUGGUGCGUGGUCAGGGGGAGGUCAGUGUGUAGGGUUCGCAUCCCGACACAGUGGAGAGCAGCCGAGUGCCGGGCCUACCAGAGUGGGCCAGGUAUUCUCGGCAAUACCUCGGGGACCCUUAUUCUGGACCAUUCCACCCCUCCUACCCGAGAGCACAACUGCACAUUAUAACACUAAUGCCUUUGCUGCACUUCCUGUAGAACACAAUAUUUGUUACCGGAAGCGAAAUACCAUUAGGUCAGGAUGUGACUUGCUGGAAGAGUAGGAAAAAGUCAGCAAAUGGCAUCAAACAUCCAUGCAGAAAGCUUGCAUACUGUGCUGUUAAGCCAGUCAUUCUUAAAUUAUGUUAGCACAUAGUUGUUCUGAUUUUUUUCUUUUGAUGGUAGAACAGAUUCGUGUAGUAUCGUAACAUAAGUGUGAAGUAUCAGAUUGGAUUACAAAUAGAAGGAAGUAUCAUUAUAACGGAGAUUCCAGCACGGCUGCCGCAUUUUCCAGUGAUCGCUUUGCAUAUGUCGG